AUGUCUACGGAACCGAAAGAAACUCCGGCGGAAGCGCCUGCGGCUUCCGUCGAAGUCACGACAGCUGCGGCGACAGGAGCUGCUUCCGAGACGGCUCGGUCGAAGCUCACAGCUCGUCUGGCGGACAUCAUCAAGCAGGCUGGCCACGGUGAGAUGUGGGGAGUCGAGCUCUCAUCAUCGGCAGAGCACGCACCCUCUCAGGUCGUGCUGCAAAAGUUUCUGCGGGCCAACGGCAACGACGCGGCGGCGGCGGAGAAGCAGCUCGUCGCGGCACUCGAGUGGCGGAAGAAGGUGAACCCGACAGCCCUCGUCAAGCAGACGUUUGACGGCAACAAGUUUGGCGGCCUCGGCUACGUAACGGUGCAUCCGGCCGAGGGCAAGGAGACGGUCAUCACCUGGAACAUCUAUGGUUCCGUCAAGGACAACAAGGCCACCUUUGGUGACGUGCAAGAGUUCAUCCGGUGGCGCGGCGCCCUCAUGGAGCUCGGUGUGCAGAAGCUGCGUCUGAACGAGAUCAAGGAACCUCUGGCGGAUGAUGUGACGGCCGAGGACCCGCACCAGAUGCUGCAGGUGCACGACUACCGCUCCGUCAGCUUCUUCCGCAUGGACCCGGCCGUCAAGGCGGCCAGCAAGGAGACGAUUCAGACCUUCUCGACGGCGUACCCGGAGCUGCUCGCUCACAAGUACUUUGUCAACGUUCCGGCCAUCAUGGGCUGGAUGUUUGGUGCCAUGAAGUUCUUCCUCGCGCCGGCAACGCUCCGCAAGUUCCACCCGAUGACGUCGGGCACGACGCUCGCCGUAGAACUGAAGACGUUGGUCGACAGCUUGCCGAAGGAGUACGGGGGUGAGGGAAAGAGCGUGACGGAGGGGGAGACGGUGGCCUUGACGCAAGGCGAGGCGGUCAAGACGACGGGCGAAGUUCAAGCCGAGUCGGCCGAGGCUCCAGCUGCGGCUCAGAAGACGACUCCUCCUGCCGCCGGCACCGUCGAGGUUGCUGCUGCCAAGUCUGAGGACGAAGCCAAGGCUGCCGACACUGCUGUCGGCAAGGAGGAUGAGACGACGACGGCGACGACGACGGCGGCGGCGGCGGACAAGGCGACGGCGGCAUGA